GCGGGUGGGAAACAAAGCGUCCUUCGGUUGGUCUCUAUGGUUGUCGAGCAGAUGUUGAUGGAGCCGCGGCUAGUUAGCAUCGCGGAGUCCACUGGACCGCACGGGUGAAGAUGGGAGUGAAUAAACCAGAGAGUCACUCUUAGGAUGGUUGUCUCCGGGGACUAUGAUUCACAGGCAGGGUUUGCUCUCUCAGGAUUUGAUGUGCUUUGAGUUGCCGAGUCAUUAUGCUGCUGCACCUGUGUAAUGUUAAGAACCUCUACCAGAACCGGUUUCUGGGCCUGGCUGCCAUGGCCUCUCCAUCUCGGAGCUCCCAGAACCGGCGCCGGUGCAAGGAUGGGACACGCUUCAGUUACGCCGCCGAACCAUUCCCACCUAACCACACGCUGGAUGCCUUGACCCUGCCACGGUCCACCAGCGACCCGGACCUGGUGUCGUCUCACAGCCGCUCCACCCUCACCGUCAGCACCUCCCUCUACUGCAUUGGCCAGUCACAGGACAUCCUCAUCUGCUGGGACAUCAAAGAGGAAGUGGAUGCCGGAGACUGGAUCGGCAUGUACCUGAUUGAUGAGGUUCUUUCAGAGAACUUUCUGGACUACAAGAACCGUGGGGUAAAUGGAUCCCAUAAAGGGCAGAUUGUUUGGAAGAUCGAUGCCAGCUCAUACUUUGUUGAGUCUGAGACCAAGAUUUGUUUCAAGUAUUACCAUGGAGUGAGUGGAGCACUGAGAGCCACUACACCCUGUGUGACAGUCAAGAACGUUUCUGCCACUGUGUUGAAGCCUGUGGUGAGUCAGGAGGUCACUCAGAGUCUGGGGAACAGGCGACUCAUCAGCUUCUCCCUGUCAGAUAUUCAGGCAGUGGGGCUGAAGAAAGGAAUGUUCUUCAACCCUGAUCCGUAUUUGAAGAUUGCCAUCCAGCCUGGAAAGCACAGCAUCUUCCCUGCUCUACCCCACCACGGCCAAGAGAAGAGAUCUAGCAUCAUCUGUAACACCAUCAACCCUGUCUGGAAGAGAGAGAGGUUUAACUUUGUGUCCCUCCCCACGGAUGUUUUGGAGAUUGAGGUGAAAGACAAGUUUGCCAAGAGCAGGCCCAUCAUCAAACGCUUUCUGGGCAAGCUGUGUGUGCCUGUGCAGAGGUUGCUGGAGAAGCAUGCUAUCGGCGAUCGUGUGGUGAGCUACGCUCUGGGCCGCAGGCUGCCAACAGAUCAUGUCAGUGGACAGCUGCAGUUUCGAUUCGAGAUAACAUCCUCUAUUCAUCCAGAUGAUGAGGAAGUGUCUGCCAAUGUAGAGUCAGACUGCAUAGUGGCCCCUGAGCAGCAGGUGGUGGAGGAGCAGAACAUUGAACCAGCAACAGCAGCGACUUCUGACUUGGCUGCAGAGGAUAUGCUGAGCAUGGGGCCAGAUGGAUCUGAGCACCCUGAGGACAUUUGUCCGGAUAUGGAGACACAGAAUUCUUUGUCUGUUGCUUCCUCUGCCGAGCCUAGCAGUCCUCCCACUGCUGAUGUUCAGUCUGGGGUGGAGGAGCCAGAGGUUGCUAGAGAAGCAGAGGUGGCACCAGAAGAGGAAGAGUGCAGAGUAUGUGAGGAGGUAUCUAACACAAUUCAGCAACUGGCAUCAGAUCAGGAGCAAAACCUUGAGGAACCAGCUGAGGAACUGGGAGAGGUGCAGCAGGAAGGAACAGACAUUCUGGAGCCUCAUAGGGAUGAACCUGCUGAUCAUUUAUGCACAGGUGAAGAAACUAUUGGGGAGGUAGGAGAAGCCCCAGAGGUGGAAGGAGCUGCAGGCCUAGAACAGAUGGGAGUGAGAGAAGAAGGAGACAGCGAUAGUGCAGAAGAGCCCUGUUCUCCAAGAAUGAGAGCCAUGCUGAAGCGCAAGGCGAUGAAGCGUCGGCCCUGCUCCUUACCUGUGUCUGAGCUUGAGACAGUUAUCGCAUCGGCUUGCGCUGAACCUGAGACACCACGGUCGCACUACAUCCGUAUCCACCACCUGCUGCAUAGCCUACCUUCUGCCCAGCAGCAAUACAACAGCCAGGACGAUGAAGAGGCACUCGAUCUGGAAACUUCUGAGGAGCUCACGCUGAAAACUGCAGCUGACAAAGAUGAGGAGCUUGAGGAGAACGGAGAAGGAGUUUCUGAGGCUCAGUCUCCAUCCAUAGUGCAAGAAUGCCCUGGACCAUGCUGUCGAAGGACUUUGCCCCGUAGCCUUUCUAUUGAGCGGUUAUCUGAGCUCAACCAGCUGCUGGAUGGUGAAAGCCCCUCACCUCCCACCCCACGACGCCCAGACAGUGAGGAUGGGGAACUGGAUAGUGGCAGAGUGGGUCUAAGAGGCCCAAGAGAGAGCGAGUGUGAACUGUGCGACACCUCGUGUUACAGCACCUCCUGUUACAGCACGUCCUGCUACAGCACAUCCUGUUAUAGCAACUCGGGCAACGAAGGCCGCAAUCGUUUCUGCAGCCACACACGUCUGUCAUCUGUAGACAGCACACGGCUGUCGGAGAGCACCGUAUUUUCCUCACAGGAAGAAGAGGAGGAGGAGAACAGUGCAUUUGAGUCGGCACCGGACUCACAGAGCCCGGAUGUGAGGGAGCCAGGUGACGGAUCGCCCCACUGGAGGGAGGAGCAGGCUGAAGAGGGUCACAGAAGCAGAGAGCAGGGGGAUCAGUCUCCAGUGGCUGGACCCAGCGUCAGGGCUCCAGGCACUAGCCACUUGUCAUACAGUCAUCACUCAGUCAGACAGCUUCCUGCUUUGCAAGCCAACCCCAGCCAUUACCCAAGUGUUGAUGAAUCGUUGCCACCAAACUGGGAGGCGAGGAUAGACAGUCAUGGCCGUGUGUUCUAUGUGGACCAUGUGAACCGCACCACCACGUGGCAAAGGCCCAGCCACGCAGCGAAAUGCCCCGGCAUGCACAGAUCCAGCUCCAUCCAGCAGAUGGAGCAACUAAACAGGAGGUAUCAGAACGUCCAGAGGACCAUAGCCACUGAGGAAGAUUCCAGUGGACGAAGGCUGGAGGGCAAUGGCAGCACAGAGACAGAGAGUGACCUCCCACCUCAGCCAGCUGAUUUGAGGAGAGAAGGCUCCUCCUCUCCAUUGAGCAGUCAGAAGGUCACCCUGCUGCUGCAAUGUCCAGCAGUCAAGUUUGUCACCCACCCUGAAUUCUUCACCGUCCUCCAUGCCAACUAUGGGGCAUACCGUAUGUUUACCAACAGCACCUGCCUAAAACACAUGAUUCUGAAAAUUCGACGAGACGCACGCAACUUUGAGCGAUACCAGCAUAACCGCGACCUCGUCUCUUUCCUCAAUAAGUUUGCAGAGACUCAGCUGGAGCUUCCCCGGGGCUGGGAGAUCAAAACAGAUCCACAGGGAAAGUCAUUCUUUGUGGACCACAACAGUCGAGCCACCACCUUUAUUGAUCCCAGAAUUCCCUUUCAGAAUGGACGGCUGCCCAACCACCUCACACACAGGCAACAUCUACAGAGAUUGCGCAGCUACAGUGCUGGAGAGGCAUCUGAUGUGUCCCGCAGCAGAGGAGCAUCUCUCAUGGGCAGGCCUGGCAACAGCCUGGUAGCAGCCAUCAGGAGCCAAUACCAGCAUGACUCAGUGCCCUUAGCGUAUAAUGAAAAAAUUGUGGCUUUUCUUCGCCAGCCAAACAUCCUGGAAAUGUUGCAGGAGAGACAACCUAGUUUGGCCCGUAAUCACACACUCAGGGAGAAGAUCCAUUACAUCAGAACUGAGGGGCCACAAGGUGUAGAGAAGCUGUCUUGCGACGCAGACGUGGUUAUGUUGUUAAGCUUGUUUGAAGAGGAAAUCAUGUCAUACAUCCCCACUCAUCCAUUCCUCCCAAGCCUCAACUUCUCCCCACGAUGCUCUCCUGGAUCCUCACCGCAGAACUCACCAGGGCUGCAGAGAGCCAGAGCGCCUGCACCAUACCGCAGAGACUUUGAAGCCAAACUGCGCAAUUUCUACAGGAAGCUUGAAGCCAAGGGCUAUGGCCAGGGGCCAGGAAAAAUCAAGCUGAUCAUCAGAAGAGAACAUCUGUUAGAAGGCACUUUCAACCAGGUGAUGGCCUACUCGCGCAAAGAGCUCCAGCGGAACAAGCUCUACGUUACAUUUAUGGGAGAAGAAGGUCUGGACUACAGUGGGCCUUCGCGGGAGUUCUUCUUCUUGCUGUCUCAGGAGCUGUUUAAUCCCUACUACGGCCUGUUUGAAUACUCAGCCAACGACACCUACACUGUUCAGAUUAGCCCCAUGUCUGCCUUUGUAGAGAACCAUUUAGAAUGGUUCCGGUUUAGUGGGCGUAUUCUGGGUCUGGCACUGAUUCAUCAGUAUCUGCUGGAUGCGUUCUUCACUCGGCCAUUCUACAAAGCCCUGCUUCGACUGGUGACUGAUCUGAGUGAUUUAGAGUAUCUGGAUGAGGAGUUCCACCAGAGCCUCCAGUGGAUGAAGGACAAUGACAUCACUGACAUUCUUGAGCUGACCUUCACUGUUAAUGAGGAGGUCUUUGGACAGGUGACAGAGAGGGAGCUUAAGUCUGGUGGAUCCAACAUUCAGGUGACUGAGAAGAAUAAGAAGGAGUACAUUGAGCGAAUGGCCAAGUGGAGGGUGGAAAGAGGGGUGGUGCAACAGACGGAAGCAUUGGUUCGGGGUUUCUAUGAGGUGGUUGACUCACGUCUGGUGUCAGUUUUUGAUGCUCGGGAGCUUGAGCUGGUCAUUGCGGGGACAGCAGAGAUCGACUUGAAUGACUGGAGGUCCAAUACAGAGUACAGAGGAGGCUACCAUGAUGGACACAUAGUGAUCCGGUGGUUCUGGGGGGCUGUGGAGCGCUUUAAUAACGAGCAGAGACUGAGGCUGCUGCAGUUUGUGACAGGCACGUCCAGUGUGCCAUAUGAGGGCUUCGCAGCUUUACGUGGAAGCAAUGGCCUGCGUCGGUUCUGCAUUGAGAAAUGGGGGAAGAUCACCUCACUACCCAGGGCUCACACAUGCUUUAACCGCCUGGAUUUGCCUCCAUAUCCUUCAUACACCAUGCUGUAUGAGAAACUACUGAUCGCUGUGGAGGAGACCAGUACUUUUGGUCUGGAGUAAAGGAAUUCUGGGACAUCCAAGUUUUUUUUUUCUUUCUUACUUGUAAUUUAAUUUUCAGUGACCCUAUCCUCUUAAGAGACUACUGUUUUUAUCUAAAUGCAUCUGAGGUUUCAUCUGAGAGUAUGUGAAGUUUUGUUUGAGAUGAAUUGAAAUUGCAUGAAACAGCUAAUAGUUAUAUUGUACAUAUUGUACUACUAUAGGGUUGGGGAAGGAAAAAACUAAGAUGUGUAGUGAAAACCUGCAUCCAGCCUAAUGUGUUUCAGCUCACUGACUGUUCCCUUGCUAAUGUUCAUCUGCUGUGCCAUGUUACCAAUGAGGCAUUGCCCAUUUUCCUGAUGCGCUGUCAUUAUGCAUGGGGUACAAAUCCCACAUGGCAUACAGUUCACCUGUGGCCUGCAGUUUAAUAAGAAGGACAUGUUAGUUUUAUUGCCAAAGCUCUGUGAACAUUCAUUCUUAAAGUGUGCUCUCUGUUGAGUGCAAAAUAUCACCAAUGGCCAACAGUGGAGAUAAAGCAAGUACUUUGAUGUGCCUCCCUGAAAUUAUGGGGCAGUUUAAGUAUAGCUUGUCAUAUAUACGUGAUAUUGUGUCUCAUAAGUGCUGUACACACAGUCACUGUGACCCUAAUGAUAAUCAGAGCCCAAUGCUAGCAGGUGUUUUUCCACCUCACAGUCAAACUUACUCGAAUGGGGACCAACUGAAUUGAAGGUUCUAGUUCUAGUUUAUUUUAUCCACCUGUAUAAGAGACAGCAGGAACGGUCAUAAUAACCACUCUAAAGUGUCUAAUUUGGAUAAUUAACUACCUUGUUUGGUAGUUAGCUUAACUUAUUGGCUGCUUUUACAGAAUUGUGUGCAGAAUCGGGCGAAGAUCGAGUGGAAAAAAAAGAAAAGCAAAGCCUCCUUUGGCUGCUAGCACAAAUGCUAAUAUAGUUAGCGUUAGCUUCUUAGCUUAUGUCUCCAAAUUCUUCACAAAGUAAUAAUUCUAAAAGUAGCAAUUGACACACCACUCUAGUUUCUAUUUGUGCACUUAUUGGUCACGUAAUAGUGCUUGGUGACUUUUUCUUUACCUGGAGGCGUAAGGAAUUUGCUAAAGUACUGCUGGAUUUAGCUUCAUGUGUUACCAAACACAGAGGAGAACACCCUCGAGUACGGUUAUGUCCUGUUGGUACUAAUAUUCAUCAGAUAUGAAAAACUGGAACUUUCGGUAGGCUAAAAGUCCAGUGAUAAAAACAGUCAGGUUUCUGGUGAAAAAGGUUCCAUGCAGUGGAAAACCACCCUAACUAUUCACAUUUCCUGAGUUACUCAAGUGCUCAAGUACAAUUUUGACAGAUUUCUGCUUUCAAAUUCGAGGUAACAGUGUUUUCACUCGAGUGUGAGUUUAGGCUACUCUACGCUGCAGCCUCCUGAGUCUCUGCUGUCUCAGUGUUCUAGUAGAGAACAUGCAGAGAGUCUGUUGAGCCAGGUGAUGUAAGCGAAUUUACAGUAUACUCAGAUUAGCAGCUCAAACGCUAAUCUCCUCACAAUGCUCUGUAGACACAGCCUGAUUCCAGCUCCAAAAUAACACUGUAGUUGUUUUCACAGCCGCUGUUUUGGGAGAUCAGGGAUGCCCCUCAGAAAAUACACAGUGGAAGGCAUGAGGUUAAGCUAUAGUUCAUACCCUUCAUUCUGUACCCAAUCAGGUAACUGCAUCUUUCCCAACUUAUUUUCCUUCUUGAAACUGAUGCCAAUGCCCUGAAGAUCACUAUAAUUGGACAUUGUACAUUCAUAUUUAUUUGUACAUUUAUUUAUUUGAUACAUUAUCGAGAUCACAGAAACAUCCAUAUUACCCACUGCAGAGGCUGAAAACUAGGCAAUUAUUAUCAUUUGCGAUAUGACCUUGAAACUAAUCAAGCCUCUGCUAUUUAUCUGUAAGUAUGUAUGCCUAAUGCAGAUAUUAAUGUAAUUAUUUUUGUAGGUCACAUAUAUUUUCUAUGGUUUAUUGGAAGGCUACUGUAAUGUGUUGAUUGAUUUCUUUAACCAAGUGAUUCUUUUUAUUUGGAUUGACAUUGUUAGAAUGCCCGACUAUGAUGUGGUGUUUAUCAUUAUUUAUAAUAUUUUCUAUGAUUUGGAAAUGCCUUGUUUGUGUACAGUUAUUUGUAUACACAGUAACGUUGUUGUUAUUUUGAAGAGGCCAUUAAUGGAGAAAACACACUUAAUACUGUUAUACUUAUUGCCCAUGUCAGUUUUUCCUAACUCCAGUCCUGUAGGCCAGGCCCAUACUGUGCAAUGUGAGUGUUUUGUCUGCACCUGAGUCAUAGGAUUAGCUAAUUGUAACUGUAUAACGCAGGUGGACUACAGAUCUGAGGUUGGGAAACGCUGAUCUAAUCCCAUAAUGCACUGAAUUAUUCCAAUAUGUAACCGCGCUGAAGUACCCAAACUGUAUUCAAGUGAGAUCUUUAUAAAUGAACUUUGACGAGCUUGCUUAUGCUUACUCUGUGUUCACAAGCAGUUUGUUUCACUCUGCAUCUUUGAUUUGGUUGGUAUGAUUGUGGUUUCUUUAACGUGCUUUGCACCGACACUGUCCAGACCUGGAAUAGCUUUCAGCUUCCGCAUGUUAGAAUGAAUAAUGGACCGUUUCAUGUAAAGAACAUUUUGCCUAUUUCUAUUCCAUUCCAUCUUUAGCUUGUAUCGCAGCAUAAUAGAAAGAAUGAAGUGCAUUUACACGUGAGCAUGUUUGAAUAACAAGAGAAAUCAGGUUUAAAGGCCAGUUUAGCAUCUGAUGCACCUUAAAACACUGUGCUUAAUUUUGAAUUAUGUCACAUUAGUUCAUUUGCAGUUUCAGCUUUUUACUUCUCUUUGUAUAUGCGUUAAAUAUAUGUUUGCUAAAAAUGUUUCUUAAAUGAUUUUUAGAAGUCCCCUCGGGCCUAGUACUCCAAUACGUAUGUGCCACUAAUUUCAUGCUGUUUGCUCUUUUUGUUUUGUCCUCCUCAGACUGUUACCACAGUAUUCCUGAGAGACAUUUUAGCCUCACAGUGUCCCAGUGCUUUCACUUCCAUUAUAUCUCUGUACAUGGACUGUGAAUAAAGACUUGUUUGUAAAACGCAUUGCUGGAUGAAAA